UGCACACAAAGCAGACGAGGAGACCGACCGACUUUCAGCGCAAGCGCAACACACACCCUCUCAACACUCACCUCGGAAGUUGAUGAUGAGCUGGUGGUACGCAAGCACGACGGCGGCCAUUGCUGCGGCCAAGCAGAAGAAAGGCUUCUUCAUCGCCUUUGCCUACGAUGACUCUGAGGAGAGCAAGGCGAUGCAGGCAGCAUGGGAGGACCCCAUUGUGGACAGCAUCGUCUCCGGGUCCCAACACAUUUGCUGCGUCAAGUUUUCCACCUCAGACCCAACAUGCGCCCAGUUCCUCAGUGCAUUCCCACAGGCCACGCCGCCGUGCACGCUCGUGUUUGACACGGUUUCGCGGCAAACGGUAAAGGUGUUGCGGGCGCCGGCGUCGCAGGAGCAGCUGUUGGAGGUGCUCACCGCCGGUUGCGAACGACCGAGCGACGCGUCCGCAGCACAUACGGACACACCCGCACCCACACAGCAGCAACAGCAACAACAGCAGCAACAACAGCAGCAGGCAGCUGGGAGUUUGGAGGAGCGAAAGGCGGCGAUGAUGAAGAAGGUGGAGCAAGCACGCGAGCAGAAGAGGCAACAGGAGCAGGAGGAGCAGAGGAAGAAAGAGCUUGCACGCCGGGAUCAAGCAAAGGCGAUGCAGGGUGCGCAGCGGCGGUUUGAGAAGGAGAAGGACAAGCGGAGGCGACAGGAGGCGCUCAGGAAGAUUGCAGAGGACAGGGCACGCGCCAAGCAGCAGCAGCAGCAGCAGCAGCAGGCGAAGCAAGAGAGGCAGAAUGGGAAUGAUGGGAAUGGUGAGACGAAGGAGGGCGCGCAAGUGCAGCAACAGCAACAGCAACAGCACUAUGAUGAAGCAGUGCUCUCCCUUCGUCUGCCAGAUGCAUCAACGGCGCAGGUGACGCUGUCGGCGGAUGCGCCCGUUAGCGCCGUGUUUGAGCACGUGCGCGCCAAUCUGCUAAACACGUCAAACCCGCUUGCCAUCCGACAGCCGUACCCCGUCAAGUCCUUUGACGAGCACGACCAGACGACGCUGCGGGACCACGGCCUGGUGCCGCGCGCCCGCCUUCUCGUCCACAUCCUCGAGCCGCCGCCAAAGCCGCCGGGCGUGUGCGAGUGGCUUGUGGAGCUCGUCAAAGCGUUCUUCCAGUCUCCACCGCCACCACCAUCCAAUACAGCGGCAGCGACAACAGCAGCUGGUGGUGGUGGUGGUGGUGGUGGACGGCAGGCUGCAUCGUCAUCGUCAACAGCAGGAGGAGCAGAAACACAGAGAGACGCAAGAGACAUUCGCCGCCGGCGCGUCGGCCGACUCACAGACCUCACGGAUGACGACAGUGAGAAUCGCGACAACGGCAACUCCACGCAAUUCCAGUUCUGACACACACACACACACUUUCUCACACACUCACACACACACACACUCUCUCACACACACACACUCUCACACACACUCUCUCUCUCACACACUCUCUCUCACACACAUACAUUGUUACAUGGCCAUAUCAUGCCCCCAUCAGCGUGAAUUGAAGUGUUGUUUACUUGCUGUGAAAUGCCUGGCUUUCCUACUGUAACAACGUCAACACCAACUAAACCCACAGCUCUCUUUGCCACGUGUGAUCGUGGGUGUGAGCCUUGUCUGCAUGCAAGCAAGCGCCUGCUGUGUACACCUCCUACCCGUAAAAGUCUGCACAGCGCA